AUGACAGAGUUGUGAACAGCACGGAGGUGGCAGCUGAGACAUCAACAUGCAUACAGGGACAGGGUGAGGGUUACCGUGGCACAGUCAACACCAUAUGGAGUGGGAUCCAGUGUCAGCGGUGGGACUCCCAGUUUCCUCACCAGCAUAACAUAACUCCUGAGAACUUCAAGUGCAAGGAUUUGAGGGAGAACUACUGCCGAAAUCCAGAUGGAUCUGAAUCACCGUGGUGUUUUACCACUGACCCAAACAUCCGUGUUGGUUAUUGCUCCCAGAUUCCUAAGUGUGAUGUAUCAAAUGAACAAGAUUGUUAUCGUGGCAAUGGAAAGAGUUACAUGGGGAAUCUAUCCAAAACAAGAUUUGGGCUAACUUGCUCCACAUGGGACAAGAACAUUGAAGACUUACGUAGGCAUAUACAAAUAUUCAGAGAACCAGAUGUUAGUAAACUGAAGAAAAACUAUUGCCGCAAUCCAGAUGAUGAUUUUCAUGGUCCCUGGUGUUACACAGAUGAUCCCCUAGUUCCCUGGGAUUACUGCCCUAUUUCUCGAUGUGAAGGGGAUACAACUCCUACUACAACCAGCUUGGAUGAUACUGCCAUUCCUUGUGCCUCAACAAAACAUUUGAGAGUUGUAAAUGGGAUCCCAACACAAACUAACGAAGGAUGGGUGGUUAGCUUGACAUACAGGAAUAAGCAUGUCUGUGGAGGUACUUUGAUAAAGGAAGAGUGGGUUCUAACAGCAAGGCAGUGUUUCCCUUCUCGGUACAAAGAUUUGAAAGAUUACAAAGCCUGGCUUGGAGUCCAUAAUAUCAAAGGAAAGGGAGAGGAGAAGCAUAGACAAGUUCUGAACAUCUCCCAGUUGGUAUAUGGCCCUGCAGGAUCAGAUUUGGUCUUACUGAAACUUAGCAGACCUGCCAUAUUGACAAAUUUUGUAGAAAUAAUCCGAUUGCCCAUUUCUGGAUGUACCAUUCCAGAGAAGACCAGUUGCAGUGUUUAUGGAUGGGGAUACACUGGAUUAAUUAACUAUGAUGGCCUUCUCCGAGUAGCAAACCUGUUUAUUUUGGGAAAUGAGAAAUGCAACCAAUAUCUCAAAGGGAAGAUCACUGUGAAUGAGUCAGAAAUCUGUGCUGUGGCUGAAACCAUUGGUGCUGGGCCUUGUGAGAGAGAUUAUGGUGGUCCUUUGGUUUGUGAACAAAACAGACUGAAGAUAGUAGUUGGUGUCAUUGUUCCUGGCCGUGGAUGUGCUGUUCGAAAUCAUCCUGGGAUUUUUGUUCGGGUCUCAUAUUAUUCCAGGUGGAUACACAAGAUUAUGAUGACCUACAGAAAACCCUGAAAACUCGACAACUUCCAUUCAAAGAAAGAUUUUGGACAACAUGGAAUUAAUGUGUAAUGUAAAGAUCAACAAUUUUUUAACUACUUGAUAGUCAAGUUUGUUGAGCUUCUUUUAAUAUUUAUGGGUGUUUUUGGUGUUUUUGUCCAUCAGUGUUGUUUUAUAAAUGUUGGAAUGACUUACAGUAUAUGCAAGUAUGGUGACAUAUCUCCUGAAGAUACUUGAAUGGGUAAACAAUUUUGCAAAGACAUUACUGGAUGAUAAAUGGUUUUGUAGAAAUAGAUCAUAUGACCUCUUUUAUGCUGCUCUUCAGAUUAUCUUAGAAGGAGAAUCAAAUUAUAGCUUUAUUUAUCGCAUCUUAUUCUUUCUAUGAGCCGUAUAUUUCUCUUCAUAUAUGACAAAAGACCUAUUGAGAGAUAUAUGUAUCUGUCAAGGACAGCAUAUAUGAUCAUAUUUCUUUUUGCCCCUUAUAAGAGGUCAAUGAUUUCAAUAUUUCAUUAAAAAUAAUCUCUUUAGAAAUUAAUCUUUUCAUUAUUGAUGGACUUUGACAAGCCUGCUGCAAGCAGAGUUCUCAUAGAAGUCAAUAUAACUUCGUUUUACACAGUGGUUAUAGAGUCUAGUUCUGCACUUGGUUCCUCCAGUGUGUAUGUAGUCCCAUAAUAGAUAUCUGAAAAACCCUUUUGGAUGAGGGAUGAGACAUAAAAGUAGAUUGGUUAGUAAACUAUCAAUCAUUUGUUUAAAGUUAGUCCCAGAUAUAGCAAUGGAUUUACAAUGCCAAAGAGAGUAUUUCAUACAGUUUGAAAAAUUAAUCCUGAUUAGCUACUAGCAAACUUUGACCACUGAAAUAAAUUUCAAAUAUACCCAAAUCUUUCUCAACAGACAAGUGUCAAAAAAUUAGUUGAUUCUA